AGUACGAAAUUAGACAUAAAUAUUGAAGCUUAUAAGUCGUUGAUAACCUUAUUUAAAUAUUUAUGAAGCAAAGUUCCAAUUGAGGAUGCAGUUUUUUUUUUUCGAAUACAAUCCACAAACAAUAGCCAUAGUGUUGUGAACAGUGUACGGCAGCGUAUUUGAAAUACGUAUUAUAAGACCUUUCAACCUCGCGUAUCGUUUAGGUGCUAAAACUGUCGAUAAUAAUUUUGAAUCAAAAUGUUUUUAAAAUUUAACGCUAUCUGGUGACGCAACUGGAAGAUAAAGUUAAAUGUUACCAGAAGACAUAACAGUAUACAUGUUUUACCAAAAGUGGUGGCGUUAAAACAAGGAAAAAUGGAUUUAUGUGCAAUUUUUUUUGUAAUUUCUCUAUGCAAACUGUCAACAUCAGUACCAUCAUCCAGACCAGAGAAUACUACGGAGGUUUUAGAAACUACGACACAGAUGCCAUGUUUCAUAAUCGAAAUGGGAAAAUCUUUGACGUCGAUUCCGAGAGGUGCACCGCACGUUAAAGCAGUUAACUAUGGUUACAAUAUUUUCUACAGCCUGCCUCAGUACGCUUUUUCAUUCAACAAUUUCGUGCUACUAGAAAGAAUCCAAUUACAUCAUAAUCAACUAACCAGCAUUCAUCGGAAGGCUUUUAGACAAUUAGAUCAAUUGAAAUCGGUGGAUCUGUCCGGGAAUAACCUCACAACAUUGGACUUAUAUACGUUCAAAACUAAUACGAAUUUGGAAAAAUUAGAUCUGACUUCGAAUAAAAUCCGUUUUAGAAACAAACCCUUCCUAUAUUCUACAUCUUUAGUAACAUUAAUUUUGAGUGAUAAUAGAAUAGAACAAAUUUUCGUAAAUAAUUUUAGUAAAUUACCAAAAUUGAGAAAUUUAGUUUUAAAUUCCAACGUAAUUUUUUUUAUAGCCGACUGCAGUUUCGCGCCAUUGAAAGAUCUUGUAUAUUUAUCAUUAGCGCAUACAGGUGUCUACAGAUUGAGUACAGAGAUGUUCUCAAACAGUAGCUACCCCAGAAUAAUCGACGUCACGGAUUCCCCAUUAGCUACUAAAUUUAAUCCGCCGUUGAGAAAAGUUAAAAACGAAGGUGUGAGAGAUUUGAUUAAUAUCGAUAAAUAUUUUUGAAAUAUCAUAGUACAAGUCUUCAUAUUGAAGAUUAUAUGGACUAUUAUGUUUUCCAGACAAUGUGGUACCAUUGUCAACGACUGAAUAUGUUUUUGUAAUGCCUCAGAAAGAGUAUUAAUUGAAUGUUUAAACGAAUGGAGAAAAUGUAUGUUUGUACUUGUUGAUUUUUUUAUAUUUAUGUAUAAAAAGGAAAAAGAAUAUUAUAAAAAACUCGCAGAAGCGUUGGUGAAGAAAUACUAAGACUGGGUGCUUUCAAAGUAAUUUAAAAGAUUCGCUAACAUCAAAAAAAAAUCGUCGAAGAAUUGUAUUUAAAAAAUGAACUUUGAAGUGGAAGAUUUCUAGUUUUGUUCUUAGUAACACUACAGAUUUUCAAAAAUUGUCGUUUCAUACAUUAAGAUCUACAAUUAAAUGACAAGAUUCUCCAAUCUACGAGUACGUAGAAACCUGUAGAAGAUCAAUUUAUUAUUGACGUUAAUAAUAUUAGAAAUAUUUUCAAAUGAAAUCUGUUGUAUCCGAAUCGAAUUCAAAAUGUUUACUUUUCAAUUAUUUCUUUCUUUUUAUAUAUUAUUGCUAUUUGUUUAUUCAUAAUAUAAGUAGGUAGAAAUUUACUUCCAUUCUCUUAUAAAUUAUACAUUCCAAUAAAAAUUUUUUACAUCAACAUAUUAAUUUAGAAAGACACUUGAUCACACCACGUGAAGAAGUUAUUAUACCAGUAUUUUCUCAUACUUUUCCUAAUGUCCCUUUUCUCUAUUUACCUCUAUCUUGCACUCCCUGUUUAGCUCGUCUCUAUUCAGUCUUCUUUUCUCCAGGUUUUUUGCUACUUCGCCAUUACAUUCCCUUCUGGCUCUGCCCUUUCUCUCUUUUUUUUAUUGGACUAUUUUGUCCUCCUUCAUUUUCACUUUAUGUCUAAACCAAUCCAAACUGAUGUUGUUCGAUUUUUUGCACCGUACUCAACACGUUUAGUAUCUUCAUUUCACAUGUCGUUAUUGUUUACUAGUUAGAACCUAGGAUUCGCAACCAUAUAUUGGUAGUAGUACUGAUUCAUAGAUUUUCAUUUUUGUACGUUAUGUUAUUAGCUGAAGAAUACUCUGUACAUAACUCCAUAUGUAGAUAUUAUUUUAUUUACCAUGUCGACUACAUCUUCGUCUAUUUCAUCUGGACUGAUGAUUAUCCCUAGAUACUUUAUACUGUUUACGCAAUUCUUGUAUUUGCACAGUUAUUUUCUUCCAUAUUAGUUCCAAAUCUAUGUUUUCUGUUCAAUUCCCACUGCCUUCCCAUGUCGUAGUUUCCUAAAAUCCCUUUCUUGUGGGGAUAUUACCUUCUUAUGAGGAUUAUGUUAACAUAAAAAACUUUUGUUUGAUAAAAUCCUGUAGCUUCUACGAGGACACAUCCACGCUUCUGCAGAUUUCCUAUCUAAAGCAUUUUUUCGUGGGUUUGUAUAGGAAUUCCGUUCUAUAUCUUCACUCUGCAUUAUCUGCUUUACCCAGCCUUUUUAGUAGUUCCUGAGAAAGCGAUGAAAAGAUAUCAUAUUUUCGUUAAGAAUCAAAUAUCUCUUGUUUUGCAAACUUUUUUUUCUUACUUCCAUACCAUUGAAAGUUUCUGAUCCACUGAAAGGUUUUUUUGCUUCUUUGUAUGUUGACCAAAGUCACUGCAAUCAUUUGAUUCUGGACGCGAACAACUCCUGCAUGGAUUACGGAUUGGGUAUUUAGAGAAAGAAGUGAACAUUGGAAAUCAGUUAUUUACAUCUAAAACUGUCAUGUUUGAAUGGAAAUGAGAAAAAAAUAAUAAUUAAUACACCAUAAAAUUACAAAAUGAAAUUGACUUGACAGUAAAGCUUCUGUAUACCUAUAAUAUUAGUUAUUACGACGCAUAUAAAAAACCUGCGGAUUUCACAUGAUAAAAACUAUUUUGCAUGCAUAAUGUACUUUUGUCAUAUCCUCUAUCGUCCAUAAAGUGAAUAUUGAAACGAGUUUUGCAUGUUAUUGAUUAUUCUGCUACUUCCUGUUGAGAUGUAAACACCUCUUGCUUAUCUAAUAACGCUAAGUAAGAUUUUUGAUGAAUACUAUAAUUUAUGAGUUGAUUUAUUGUUUUAGUUUCAUAUUUUUUUGCAAAAAUUUACCGGAAAUUUAACGUUUUAUAUAAUUUGAAUGUAAACUAUUACCCAAAAUACAUAACAAAGGACUCAACAGAUUUUCUUACACGGUUUCUAUACCACAGUUAAAAGUUUAUUUAUGUAGUAAUCAGCCAGAAACAUUAAAUGAUUAGUCACGUUUAGUUUUAGAAAUACUUAUUCAACAAUGAAAUAAUCAUGAAUGACAAAUUUUGAACUUCUUUCUAUAGUUUUCCAGAUCAUUUUCCCAUGUCGAUUAAGAUACCUCCAAAACAUGUGAUUUCUAGGCAUCAAUCGCUUCUUCAGGUGUAGAAAAACUUUUUUAUUUUAUGACCCAUCAAUUCGAUGUUUUGGCUGUUCGAAAACGUUUUUGUUUGAACUGAUGUGUGAUAGAUCGCAUUGUCGUAGUGGAAAAUGAUUCGUCUCCUGCGAUUGGUAUACCUGAUUCUUCUGCUAAGCAGAUGUUGGUGAACUAUCCAGAAUUAACCGUGCUCCAACCACUUUUGUACGAUUUAGCUCGUCUUGAAAGAUCCAUCAUUUUGCCAUUGAACAUGUAUGGGAUAUUAUUAAGAGGAAACUGUCCAGUUUAUGCGACACUGUACUGAUUUUGGCGCAAAUUAUUCCAAGAAGUUAAAGAGCUACAAUCAGACGUACAAGAUUUUGUUUUAUUGGUACCUUGGCUUGUCCAAGGAUUGCUUUCUUUUUAGAACACAUGUUGAUAAAAUUCUGAUUAUAUACAGCGGGUGUAUAGUCGUGGGACAUCCACAAAAUAUGAGAUACUGAACGAAUUAUCUAAAUAUACUGAAUGUUUAUCAUAAAAUUAGUUCUACAAAAAACGAGGAGACCGCUUAUUUGAUUCCUUGAUUCGUUGUAUUGCAAGCAACAAAUUAUAUCUUUUAUAGUAUGGUCAAAUUGUAAUAACUGACAUUUUUUAAUUAACAACAUGCUUCACUGUGAUAUUAAGUUGAUGUUUUCCUAGAUAUACAUUUUAGACUUUCCACCUACUGCACAGCUUGUGAAAUUUCAAAUUCACGCGCAAUAUGCAAGGAUGGUUCAAUAAUAAACCAGAAUUUUGCUAUAAAAAAUUUCAUUAUUAAGUUACAAAUAUGAAAUUCUUUAGAGUUUUUCUUAAUAGUCACAGUUUACACACUUUUUCAACUUUUCAGGAAACUUUAUGAUCCUUUUUCAUAAAUAUUUCUCGGUUAGUCACGUUACCAUUUGCGCACGAAGGAUUCUACUUUCGCAUGGCUUUCGAAUUGUAGUUUCAAUGGACCAAAUAAAUAUUAGUGACAUGGCCAUAAAUCGGGACUAUAAGAAGGGUGUUCUUCGCAUUUGGUACAGCUUCAAUUUUCCAAAAUUAGUUUUUCUGCAGCGUUUUCGUUCUCAUUGGAAACAAUUGUUUUGAUUUGCAUCGAGUACAGCCAUUAUUUAUUUGAACCACUCUCGUAAAUUGCUUUAUAUCUUGAUUACCUAGUACCAUAAUGGUUUAUUACAAUUUGAGCUGCUAAAUACAGUUAACAAUGUUCCUAAAUAUAUUUUCAAAAAAGUAAAAUAUAUCAAACUCCAAUCCGGUUUUACCCUUUCAUAUUUGAAUCAAGUGUAUGUUUCGGAUCGAUUUCAAACUAGUGUAAUAACAAAUAAUCAACCUUUAAUCGCUUAGAUUUUAUUUCUCUGCCACCUACUGGAACUUUUAAAGAUUAUUAAAGAACAAACCAGGUUGUAAAAUAAUUAUUGCGCAUGAUUUUUACAAUUAAAACAAUCUGAACUGUUUCUGUUUCAGAUCACUAUUUGAGGACAAACUGCUUAUUGCAUGUUUAGUUUGUUAGACUAUUUAUAUUUUUCAACUUGGUUAAAUGUUUGUUAAAAUUCGAUAUGUUUUACUUUUUAUUUAUACCUUUUAAUUAAUCUAAUCUUAUAUGUACGAAUGUACCUGAUUAAUUAACUGUUUUUUAAUAAAGAUAUAUAUAAGAA